GCCGCAGUCAACAAACCUCAGUCUUGUUGCAUUAGCGGCAGUACAUUUGUUGUUAAAAAUGUAUCGGUUUGUGCUUUUCCUAACUUUAUUUUCCUACGCAGCGUCAAAGUCUGAGCUGUCAUGUAGGCAUAUUCGCGAAUUCGUAGAUAGACAUAAUUAUUGGAGGUUGAAAUUGGCGAAGGGAGAAAUACCUAAUCAACCGGCGGCAUCGGAGAUGAAGUAUAUUAUUUGGGACGAAGAGUUGGCAGCUAAAGCAGCUCAAUGGGCCUCCAAUAAUGAAUAUAAGCACAACCCGGAUAAAUCUGUCGGAUCAAAUCGCUUUUUUACCGGUGAAAAUAUAUUCUCGACAGCUUCCACUGAUCUGUCAUACAAGUUUGAACCAAGAAGUGUAGUGGAUUCCUGGUUCAGUGAACACAAAGACUUCAACUAUGGACCUGUGGAAGCUUGGCAAUUUGAGUAUUCUGCUAAAGAGACUGGUCAUUACACACAGGUGGCAUGGUCCGACUCUAUUUAUUUAGGCUGUGGGGUCUCUAAAGAAUAUAAAAAUGGAUGGCUCAAUUACUACGUUGUAUGCAACUAUGGACCGACUGGAAACUUGGGCAGGGCUCCCUAUCCCGCCGGACAGCCGAGUGGCCAGCUCGUAUGUGCCAACGACUGCAGUAGAUUCUACGGGGACAAGUGUUCCGUAUUCAAUAUCCAAAAACAGUCACAAAGAAAAGCGUUAAUCUGACUCAAUGAAAGGAAAUGGUAACGAUAUAUCCAUGGGUGAUGUCCCAUUGGAGAAAAAAUCCAAACUAAACCCACUUCAAGGGGAAUUAGAUCCUAACAGUUCAGACCACGUAGUAGCUAUGACACAAUUGAAGGAAACUAUUGCAAGUUUACAGAAAAAAGUGCAGCAGAAAGAGAUGGAAUUACU